CAACAAUCGCCCUCCGUCGAUAUUUCCUCAACACUCCCUUGCAACAUCACUGACUGUGAUGAGAACCUGCCCCAGCCGUCUUCGUGGUUGAAUCUCUUACUGGCCAGUUGGCUUCUUUGGUCCGUUUGCUGCUUUGGCUCGACCCGCGCUCUCUCGUUGCCCUGGAGACGAUUCGUUUUGACGGAUCUGCGUCUCUGACGAAAUUGGGAAAUCAUCGGAAUCAGGAUUCUCGCUUCAGAUUUCGGUGUCGACCGCCCAACCGGCUUCUUUUUCUUACUCCCCUCCUCCCCACCCCCCGGGAUUUUUUUUCUGCCGUAGCACCAUCACUAUCUUCAAUUUUCUUUCCCUACCCCUUCCUGGUGGCGUUGAUCACUGCUAGGAUCACUCUUCCAUCAUGGCGGACGGCUUGGAAUAUUUGGCUCCUGACUUCGACCUGAACACGCUUACUGUUCCGCGUCUCCGCUCCAUCCUUGUCAGCCACGAUGUGCCUUAUCCGGCCUCAGCCAAGAAGGCACAGCUUAUCAGCAUUCUCGAGACAGAAGUCUUGCCACAAGCCAAGAGAUUGUUGCGCGAACGAGAGAGGGUGAGGAGGACCAGUGAGGGUAUUACGGAUAUGGGAAGUCGCGCUUCAUCAGUGGUGAGCGAUUACAACGAUCAACACCAUGAAUCUGGCCGAGAAUCAAUGCCUCCCCCGCCAACACCUUCCACUGUUUCGACUGUGACUGGCGGCCGGCGCGCACGCUCGAGACUCAGCACCAGAGCAUCAACUGCCGACACGGAGGAUGUCCAUGUAUCAGCCACGCCUUCCGCUAGCUCGAGAAGAACUGUCCCCAGGUCGACCAGCAAACGGCUUCGCGCGUCCGACACGGAGUCUCACGAUGACCUGACUGCAACUCCUGUCCCAUUCAACACCGCUACACCCCGAAAGUCGACCGCCCGCAAAACACGCAAAAGUGAAAUGACACCUGCUGCCGCACCGCCUCCGGAACCCGAGACCGAGCCAGAACCGAAGACUCCCUUCUCGGCGGUCAAAUUAGAACCCAAAGAAGAGAGUGUCUUUACUGAUGAUAAUCCUUUUCAAAGUGGAUCGCCAGCCCGUUGGGAGCACCGGAGCCCCAGAGCUUCUAGUAUUGGACGGAAGAGCGUCUCGCGAUUCUCGCUCAACUCCCCCGCUUCUAGCAACGGGCUGCGGUCCAGAAAAUCUAUGACACCCGUGGACAUGCAUGCGGACGAUGGAUUCACCCCUACCAAGCGAUCUUCCUUUGAGUUCGCCAUGCCGAAGUUGAGAUCACCACAGCAGCCCCUGGAGGUACCGGUCAAGUACGAGGACAGCGACAGCGAAGUCAGUGCCGGUGAAGAAUUCACUCCCGAGGAGCAGUUGGCACUUGAGGAAGACCGAGCCCACUUGAUGUAUCCGCCAAGCGCCCCUAUCACUCGACCUCAGAACUCGCGACCAGCUAGCCGUGCUGCGCCUUGGGUGAUUAUAAUCGCUCUUCUUGCUAGUUUUGGCGCUUGGUGGCGCAAGGAAAAGAUCGAAAUUGGAUACUGCGGUAUUGGCAAGCCUACUUGGUCUUUGGCGGAAACUCGGGUUCCUGAAUGGGCUAAUGUUCUCGAACCGCAAUGCGAACCAUGCCCUCCCCAUGCCUUCUGUUACCCUAACUUUGAGGCUCGCUGUGAACAUGAUUUCAUCCUCAAGGCGCAUCCUUUAUCGCUUGGCGGACUCGUACCUCUUGCACCCACAUGUGAGGCCGACAGUGAAAAGGCGCGCCGAGUCAAAGCUGUUGCCGACAGAGCUAUUGAGACUCUCCGCGACCGCCGGGCCAAGUGGGAGUGUGGAGAAAUCGUGCCCGGUGACCAAGGCGAAAAGGGCCCGGAAAUCAGUGAAUCCGAGUUGAAGCAAGAAGUCAGCAAGAAACGCCGCAAGGGAAUGAGUGACGCCGAGUUUGAUGAUCUGUGGAAAGGGGCUCUGGGUGAGGUAGUAGGCAAAGAGGAGGUCGUCACCCGAGUUCAACAACCAUCUUCUGUCCUCAUCCUCACGUCCACCUCCGUCAGCCGACUCCCCCUCACCUGCGCGUUCCGCCGUUACGUCCGACUCUCUCUCCUCGCGUAUCGACUCCCUCUUUCGAUUCUAACCCUGGCCGCCUGUUUGACCCUGUAUAUUCGCUCCAAGAUCCGGGCUCGCCGCUCGGAUAUGGCUCGGGUCCCCGAACUUGUGGCCACCACGCUCGACCGUCUCGCGACACAGGCAGCUCUGCAUGCUCGCGGUGCGGCCCGAGAGCCAUACAUUCCCAUUGGACAGUUACGUGAUGAUGUGCUCCGAUCUGAACUGCGCGGAAGUCGGCGUGAGGGUCUCUGGAAGCGCGUGCGGAGUAUCGUUGAGGGCAAUGCCAACGUCCGGGCUGCCGUGCGGGAGGGUCGCGGAGGCGAUGUUGCCCGUGUAUGGGAGUGGAUCGGGGGAAUUAGCAGCGUCCGCAAUGAGAUUGAAAGCGGCAGCGGCAGCAGCAGCACUGAUGUGCAUAAAGUGCAUUUCUCACCUGCGUCGCCCGAGGACGGUCGUCCCUUGGUCAGCCAGACUUCUACCCCCGUCGCCCGAAAAUGGGAUGAAGGUCGGCCAAUCUACUGAGACGACCUCGAGUCUACGCCGAGGUCCCAAGAACAUUGGAGACAGUAUGAUCUCUCUUUUUGCACCACUUUUUUUCUGGUCAAGCGCGAUUUCGCUUCCUGCAUAUUUUUCAAGCUUUUAUCAUUAUCAGGCUAUCUUGUAAUCAUCAUGCCUUUCCGUGAUUCCCCACAGUCGAUAGCUAGCAACCAGAAUUUUCUCGUCUUGUC